AUGGACGCAUAUAUGACGCAUAUUAGCUGCCCCACAUUUUUCCCAGAAGUUGUGAAAAAUGUUAGCUGCCAUUUGGGUGGAAACUCCAAGCAUUCUGGUUCUCCCUCAUCAUUCUCAGCGGAGUUCUCCCUGGCAGAAGAUGUUACUGACGUCAAAGGCAUUUACGUAUUUAGUCUAAAACACGGCCCAUCCAUAAUCAACUACACGGCCAUGGAAUUGGACUAUUGUGAGGUCUUGGAUUCUCUGCAAUCACAAUUUUUACUAAAGAUGAUUGCCGAUGAGUUGCGGCGCGUUGCAAAUUUUCCACUGCAAUGUCCAUUUAAAAAGAAUAAAAGGUAUUACAUUGAUCAUUUUACAAUCAACUCAAAGCUAAUACCCAGCUAUGCGCCAGAAUUGAACUGGAUUUCGGACUGCAAUAUAUUCGUUAAAAAACGCCGAGCCCUGCAAUUAACUAUCCAUGGUCGUGUAGCUCGUAGCCGAUUGGGUCGUUAGCAAAAUUUGUAUUUUUCAAAACAAAUUUCACUGAUAUUAGUGGCAUCCCCGUAAACGCUAAU